ACCAGGCGGGCAAGAUGGUAAUAACAGGUCAAUGAUAGCUCUAGUUUUGUCAACUUCUCCUCCUCCUUCUUCUUUCUAUCUCGCCCACCAUCACUUCAUCCAUCAACCAAACAUCAUCAACUCAUAAACCACUCUUCCCAACAUCCCAAACAUAGACCAAGAAGAACAAGAACAAGAAGAAGAAGAAAGAAGAAACAUAGAGAAACACAGAGAGAGAGAGGAACCCAUAUAUGGCACCACUCAAGUCUCAAACCCAUACUAGCCCUUCUCACCAUCAAAUCAAGUACACCAUCCCUUUAACCUAACCCUAACACACCUCUUUCUUCUCCCACAACUAUAUCCUCUCCUACCCAAACUUCUUCACUUAUCAUGAUCAUGGACAACUACUACACCCUUAGCUCCUAAAACAAAAACACCAAAACAUCCAUCAAACUUGCUUUUUUUUAUUUUUUUUUUGUCUUUCUUUUUUUCAUUGUUCACUGUUCCAUUUGUUUCCACUUUUAUGGAUCCAGUGACUGCUUCAUCAACCCAUGGCCAUCACUUGCCACCUCCUUUCCACACCCGCCACUUCCACUCCCAUCUUCAACAACUCCACUCUCAGCUCCAAACUCCCAAAACUGAAGACGAGCAAUCCAGCUCCCUUCUCAACCGUGGUAAAAAGAGAGAAUUGGAUGACGCAACCACCACCAACGCUGUUGCCGGAGAAGAUGAGCCCAACCAAGAUUUAGUCCCCGUACCUUCCGCCGGAGGAGAUUCCGAGAUGACACGAAGACCUCGUGGCCGCCCUGCCGGCUCUAAGAACAAACCAAAACCACCUAUCAUAAUCACUCGCGACAGCCCCAACGCUCUCCGUUCUCACGUCAUGGAGAUAGCCGGCGGGUGUGAUAUUGGUGAGAGUGUGGCCAACUUUGCUAGACGCCGGCAACGUGGUGUAUGUAUUCUCAGUGGUAGUGGCACCGUCACCAACGUCACUCUCCGGCAACCAGCUUCACCCGGUGCCGUCGUCACUCUUCAUGGCCGGUUUGAGAUCUUGUCACUCUCUGGAUCCUUCCUACCUCCUCCGGCUCCUCCAGCAGCUACAGGUCUAACAAUUUACUUAGCCGGAGGACAAGGCCAAGUCGUCGGUGGUAGUGUUGUCGGAGCUUUGAUUGCAUCUGGACCUGUAGUUAUAAUGGCGGCUUCAUUCGGCAACGCAGCAUAUGAAAGAUUGCCACUUGAUGAAGAAGAGGCAUUGCCGACGUCCGGGCCAUUGGGAUCGCCAGGGAUGGUCGGACAAUCGCCGCCGUCUCAGUCACAACAACAGCAACUGCUUCCAGACCAGUCGGCAGCGGCGCCGCUGUUUGGUUUGCCGCCUAACCUUCUGAACAAUGUUCAGUUGCCGACUGAUGCUUAUGGUUGGGCCACCGGCGCCGGUAAAUCGUCCACCUUACUGAAAUUAAAAUGACAUCUGAUCAUGAUCACAGGCUGUAGAUCUCACUCUUUCUCUCUAUCUCUUUUCUUUUAAUAUUACUCUCUUUUGAUAUUAUUACUAUUUGUUUCUGGUUCUUAGUUUUAGUUUUAGUUUGUUUAAUUCUCUUUUAAUUGUUUUUGUUUUUUCUAAUUGGAGUGACUACUACUCUAUGAUCA